CCUGUGUGGCAAAGCUGUCUGCUUCUAAUGUGAGACAUACAGCAGGAACAAAAGUCGCAAUCCAAUACAGAGGGAAAGAUUGGGACAGACAGAAGGCGUGAGUGAGAGGAAAGGCUUGACGGAGUAACAGAAAGAUAAAUAAAGAGAGAAGGUUGGGGCAUUAAGAGAAGGACUGAAGUAGUCAAGAAGAGGACACAGGAGGUGUUAAAGGAGAGAGGGUCUGUGCCCUGAGACUUCUGAACAGAGAUGGGACGGGUGUGGCUCUGGGUCUGCAUGGCGAUGGCACUAGGACUGUGUCUAUCAGAAGCUGAAAACCCUAUUGACAAGAUUCCAGCGGUAUUGGACAUUGACCUGCCCAAGAUGAAUGGAAAGUGGUUCCUUGUGAGUGUUGCAUCCAAGUGCCAGUAUCUCCGAGAGAACAACUUGCGGUUGGAGGGCACCACUAUUAUCCUGACUGUUGACCCCUCCCCUACCUCCCCACUAUCUGUCAGCACACUAAGGAAGCUUAAUAUGCAGUGUUGGGAAAUUAGGCAGAAGUAUCUUUCCACCAAGACCAGUGGUCGCUUUCUACUCAAAAGUCGAAAUAAGAAAAAUGACAUUGAUGUCGUCAUUGGAGAGACGGAUUACAACUCAUAUUCCAUCUUGUACUACCAGAAACGUGGGAAGAUCUCCAUUAAACUGUACGGAAGGUCUGAGAGACUUGAGGACCACAUCCUUGACAAGUUUGAGCAGCUUGCCGAAAAGCAGAACUUAGGAAUUGACUUUGUUUUCCCCUUUCCCAAAUAUGGUUUCUGCCAGUCUGCGGAUGAAAAGCACGUUCUCUCUUUGUAACUCGGUGCAUGUGGGACAUCUGAUGCACAGGAAGGAACAUGCCCUGUUACUGAGGGUUGUGGCUCUAAACCAACCUGUCUAAGCACUGUUCAUAACCUGUAUGUUUACCCAGAAAAGACCUGUGCUGUUUGUAUCCUGUGUGUUACCCAGUAAAGACCUGUGCUGCUCAUCA